UGAUAAAAAGUCUGCUUUUCCCUCCGUUCACAAUGAAGUUUUAUGGAGCUCUGAUCUUCUUUAUGAUGCUGUCUGCAGCAUGUGGUUUGAGAUGUUACACCUGUGCAGGCGAACCCUGCGACCUAACAAUGACUUGUCAGGUUACCACUGAUCGUUGUACCUCCUUUGAGUUGAAUGGUAAAAUCUUCAAGGGCUGUAUCAACCAUGAAGCUUGUAUUGACCCCAUAAAGUGCUGUGACACCGACUUGUGUAACAGCGCCACACCCACUGGUUCCAGUGUCCUCCUCCUGCUGGUAUCCUCAGGCAUCGUCACAUUCUUUCUCUGAGGCUCAGCUUAAUAAAAUCUUCCUUACGUAAUACAUGACUUGAAAGAAUUAACACAUUUUCAAUAAAGCUGUAAUUGACUGUGGAAUGAUGUUUGGUCAAUAAAAACACUGUUUGAUCCACCA